UAACCUUUGAGCAGUGAGCGGUGUUGCUGGGCGGGAUGACACUGAGAAUUCCCACAGCACUGUAACGCAGCACAGAGUUCGGAAUCGGAGGCAAAAGCAAAGCAGCGGCAUCAAGCUGGCAGCCAGCCCGCAUCGUUGCUCUCCCCCAGCGGACGCAAAGAGGUUAGGGGACAUUUGACAGCUCCGUACCCCAGAAGGGGUUACUAUGAUGGAGACGCCGGGGCGGAUAGCAAAUACACAGGACGCCUUGGACUUCACCGUGGAGAAUGUUGAAAAGGCCCUCCACCAGCUGUAUUAUGAUCCCAACAUCGACAAUAAGAAUCUGGCCCAGAAAUGGCUUAUGCAGGCCCAGGUGUCUCCUCAGGCCUGGCAGUUCUGCUGGGCUUUGCUCAGCCCAGACAAGGUGCCGGAGAUCCAGUAUUUCGGUGCCAGCGCGCUCCACACCAAGAUUUCCCGCUACUGGUCGGACAUCCCCAGCGACCAGUACGAGUCGUUGAAAAGCCAGCUGUUCACUCAGAUCGCUUGCUUCUCCUCGGGCGCCAAGAUGGUGCUGACGCGGUUAUGCGUGGCGCUGGCGUCGCUGGCGCUCAACACCAUGCCCGAGGCCUGGCCCGGCGCCGUGUCCGAGAUGGUGCGGGUGUUCCAGGAGGAGGGCGGAGGGAUCGACGGGCGGGCACGUUGCCUGGCGCUGCUGGAGCUCCUCACCGUCCUUCCCGAGGAGUUCCAGACCAGCCGCUUGCCGCAGUACAGAAAGGGACAGGUUCGGGGUGCCCUGGGCCGGGAGUGGGGGUCCGUUUGCCCUCUGCUGCAGCAGCUGCUGCGACGGACGGACAGCCCCGGGGCGGUGAAGGCCCGAGUGCUGCGCUGCCUAUCGUCUUGGGUGCUGCUGGACGUGCCGCUCAGCGAGAGCGAAGCCCUGGUGCACGACUGCUUUGUUGCCCUGCCCGACCCUGAACUUUUUGACACCGCUGUGGAGGCGCUGGUCAACGCCAUCUCACAGCCAGACUCCCAAAGGUACGUGAACACGUUGCUGAAGUUGGUCCCGCCGGUGCUGGCACUCCAGGAGCAACUCAGAGAGGCCGUCCAGAACGGCGACAUGGAGACUUGCCACGGGAUUUGCCGCAUUGCCGUCACGUUGGGAGAAAACCACUCCAGGAUUCUGCUGGAGCAAGUGGAUCACUGGCAGAGCUUCCUGGCUUUAGUCAACAUGAUCAUGUUUUGCACGGGCAUCCCGGGCCACUACCCGGUCAAUGAGACCACCAGCUCGCUCACACUCACCUUCUGGUACACGCUGCAGGAUGAAAUCAUGUCGUUCGAGUCCAACAAGCAGGCAGUGUACCUGCAAGUGUACAGGCCGGUGUAUUUCCAGCUCGUAGAUGUUUUGCUCCACAAAGCCCAGUUCCCAUCGGAUCAAGAGUACGCAUCCUGGUCCUCGGAUGAGAAGGAGCAAUUCCGUAUUUACAGGGUGGACAUCUCUGACACGCUCAUGUACGUCUACGAGAUGCUGGGCGCUGAGCUCCUGAGUAAUCUCUAUGACAAACUGGGACGACUCUUGACGAAUACAGAGCAGCCCACGUCGUGGCAGCACACAGAAGCUUUGCUGUACGGUUUCCAGUCCAUCGCGGAGACGAUAGACGUCAAUUACUCUGAUGUCAUUCCGGGCCUCAUAGGCCUCAUCCCAAGAAUCAGUAUCAACAACGUUCAGCUGGCCGACACGGUGAUGUUCACUAUAGGUGCUCUGGCUGAAUGGUUGGCUGACCACCCGGUGAUGCUGAGCAGCGUCCUGCCCCUGGUGCUGCAGGCUCUGGGCAACCCGGACCUUUCCGUCUCGUCCGUUUCCACGCUAAAGAAGAUCUGCCGCGAGUGUAAAAGCGACCUGCCGCCUUAUGCCACCAAUAUUGUAGCCGUAUCUCAGGAGGUUUUAAUAAAGCAGAUCCACAAGACGAGUCAAUGCAUGUGGCUGAUGCAGGCGUUGGGCUUUCUACUGUCUGCUCUACCCGUGGAGGAAAUUCUGAGGAAUCUUCAUUCCCUAAUCACGCCUUACAUCCAGCAACUAGAGAAGCUGGCGGAGGAGACGCCUAAUCCGUCCAAUAAAUUAGCGAUCAUCCACAUUUUGGGGCUGCUGUCCAACUUGUUCACCACGCUUGACAUCAGCAAACAGGAUGACGAAUCGGGAGACGGCUCAGCUGCGCCUAUCAAAACGGCCCCGCCCCCUCCUGGACCCAACCCGGUGGUGGUGGUCCUGCAGCAAGUGUUUGCCCUCAUCCAGAACGUGCUCAGCAAGUGGCUGAACGACUCCCAAGUGGUCGAGGCCGUGUGCGCCAUCUUCGAGAAGUCGGUAAAGACGCUGCUACACAACUUUGCCCCCAUGGUGGAGCAGCUGAGCCAAAUGCUUGGACAGAUGUACAGCACCAUCCCCCAAGCCUCAGCCCUCGACCUUACACGACAGCUUGUCCACAUCUUCGCCAGCCAGACGGAACAUUUCCCACCCAUCAAGGCUCUGUUUGAGCUGGUUACAUCUGUAACCUUGUCCAUCUUCCAGCAAGGACCCAGGGAUCAUCCUGAUAUUGUUGAUUCAUUUAUGCAACUCCAAGCUCAGGCCCUCAAACGGAAGCCCGAUUUGUACUUGUCUGAGAGUCUGGACGUAAAAGCUGUGUACCACUGUGGGAUUCUAUCGCUAAAGUUUCCCGAGGCUCCGACCGUCAAGUCGACAUGUCUCUUCUUUACUGAGCUGUUGCCACGCUGUUCCGACGUGCCCCCGGUGGCCAGAUUGUUGCAGGAGGACGGAAAGCUGCUGAUCCAGGCCCUUCUAGAGGGCAUCGGAGGCGGAGCCUCUCGGAACCUGAUGGACCAAUUCGCAGAGGUGUUGUUCAGUCUGAACAAGCACUGCUUCUCGCUGCUGGCCGUCUGGCUGAAGGUGGCGCUGCAGCCGCCGGGAUUCCCGUCGUCGCGAGUCACGUCGGCGCAGAAGGAUCACUUCUCCCAGCAGAUACUUCGAGAGCGAGUGAACAAGCGGCGGGUGAAGGAAAUCGUCAAGGAGUUCACGCUGCUUUGCCGAGGACUGCACGGCACCGAGUACGCCGCCGAGUACUGACGAAACAAAACCCCCGACGGGCGACAUAGGAAUUGAUGACGGGACAAGACGUUGGACCCCUUUUAAUGAACAAACACCCUUGUGGCUUUUAGGGAGGCUUUUUUUUUCCCCCGUCCUCCAGCUUCCCAGCAUGCUGCCUCGUGUCCCCCUCCAAGUUCCUUUCACUGCAAAAUGGGCCGGUGUGUCAUUCGGCCUUCUCUUGAUCUUCCUGUGGUUUCCUGGUGAUUAUCCAUGUGAAAUGAAAAUGGUAUCGUAACGUAGCUACUAGACGUACUCAUUCAGGAUGACUUAUAUAUAAAUAUACAUAUAUGAUAUCUUUAUAUAUUGAAAGAAGAAGUCGUGCUGCUACUGGGGAGGACGUGAUGUAAAUGUCAUAUGUUUGGGGGGGGGGGUAAUCUGGACCACCCCGUGAUACCUGCUCUUGCCAAAUGAUUAAUUCGUGUGAGUGUGGUACGCGUUUGAAACUAAAGGACGAAAAGGGAACUCUGGGAAAAGCGAGGCGGGGACAGGGAUGGGGAAGCUGCGAGAGCCUGAUGAAUAGUCAUUCCUUAUUUCUUCAUUUAAAAAGGCUCGCAGAAGACAACAACCCGGUGUCCCUAAAGUCUGGACACAGGCAAAAAAAAAGCUCAUUUUCAUAAAAUUAAAGUUUUUAGCAUGGUGUAUAAGUGGUUGUCCUAUCCGCUUCACAGUUCAGAAAUUCAGGGCUAGAAUCUGGGCUCAAGUUUUCCUGUGUGAAGUUUGCAUGUCCUCUGACUUCCUCCCACAUUCUAAAACGUGCGUCAGAUUCAUUGAAGACUAUUUUGGAACUAGCUUCUCUUGCCAAAUUAAUUGUCCAUAACUAUGAAUGUGAAAAAUUGACUGCGUGGACAUUUUUUGCCUUUUUAUCCAAUUUAAAUAUUAUCAAGUGGCAUUUGUAAAAUUUGUUACGCAAUGCAAUCACUGGCCCAUAUGCUCAGACUUUAGGGCCACCAAAAAUGGUUUCCCCACCCCUGCAUCGUUGAUAAAAGGAAUCAAAGUUGUGCAUAUUAUUAGUUAUUUCUGCGGCAUAUUUUUGACUGUGCAAAUUCAUAGCUGCAUCUUUAAACACUUGUCCAGCACACUUAUAUUGGACCUACAAGUACACGACCGUAACCUCCUCAUUGUUCACUCCAUCAUAAAGACACUUCAAGCCUCACUUUUCACCAGACGGUCAUUGAUCAGGCUCCUUGAAAUCGGGAUCGGAGGUCAUGAAUAUCGAUGAAGAGGACCAUCAUCAGCAUUCAAAUGUAUCUACUCCCAUCCACACUCUAAUCCUGCUGUCUUACCCGAGGUGCCUGCAGACAUGUAGCAUGUGUUUGUGUUCAGUGGGGGAGAGCGACAAGGCUUUCGGGACUAUUGACCUCUUCAGCGUUUGGAAAGUCUAUGGAGUUUGUAUAUGAACAGUGACAGACUGGAUUCUCAUAUGUCUGAGGGGAAUGAUGGUGUCGGUGGUGAAUCAGAGGGAGGGUUUGAAAUGUACAUUUUUUUGUACCUUGGCUUUAAUUUAUUAAAUAUAUCUAAGACUGCA